AUUCAUCAACCUUCCAUAAGUUCAUUCAAACACAACUCACAACCAGCUCUGACACUCGAGACAACAUCGUACAAUCAACCCAUAAGAUCAAUGGCGUCGGGACAGCAAUUCAAGGGAGACAGAGCGGAGGCAGCGGCCAAACUUGCCGCCAAAGACAUCGGCGAUAUCAACAGAGCGAACGAGCGCAACGACAACUUCGACCUUCAUUCCGAGGCCAACUUUAAGCAAGCACGAGCAGAAGCAGCUGCGAAGCUCGCCGCAAAGGAUCUGGAGGAUGUUAACAAAAUGAGGGACAGUAAUGCCACCACAUUCAAAGAGCAGCAGCACUACAGCGAGAAUAAACCCGGUGUGAUAGGGUCCAUGUUCAGAGCCGCUAAGGAAGCGGUGGUUGGGAAGCCUCACGAUGCGGUUGAGACCUGUCCAGGGGUUUACGAUUCCAGCAGAGAGAGGAUAACGAAGGAGCAAGGUGGGUCGAAGAUGGGGGAAUAUGCAGAUUAUGCGACUCAGAAGGCGAGAGAAACGAAGGAUGCAACGGUGCAGAAGGCUGGGGAGUACACGGACUUUGCGACUCAGAAAGCAAAAGAAAGCAAGGACUACGCCGCGGAUAAGGCAAAGGAAGCUAAAGAUGCUACAGUGCAGAAAGCUUCAGAGUACAAGGAUUAUACUGCUGAGAAGGCUAAGGAAGGGAAGGACAGUGCAACGGGGAAGCUUGGAGAGUUGAAGGACUCUGCUGCUGAUGCUGCUAAAAGAGCUAUGGGCUACUUCACCGGCACCAGAGACGAAACAAAGGUGAGUGGAACUGCGGAGGAUACCAGGCGAAGAACCCAAGAGGUAAGGGUGCAGGAUAAGGACUAUGGAACGGGGCAUGGAGGAGAGAAGGUGGUGAUAAAAAUGGAGGAGUCUCGGCCGGGAGCGGUGGCGGAUGCGAUGAAAGCGGCGGAGAGGGCCUUGGGCGGCGAGAUGGAGGAAGAAGGUAUCCUUCGUGUGGAGCGUCGUAGGGAGAAAAUGUGAACGUGUGUGUUAUGUUUUGGAUGAAGUAUAACAGUAGUAGCAAUAAUAAUGUGUUUUGUAAUAAAGAUAUUUGAAGUUGUUGUGGUGAA